GGCAAUUAUCCCCGCAUUGCGUGAUACGGGCCGCCCCGGUUAUCGCGAUACCAAGCAAUUCGCAACGACUGACGACAAUUAUGUGCUUCGCAAUAUGCAACAUAGAUUGGCUCUCGCGUAUUAUUAAUGUCCACGGAUCCUUUGACCUGUUAUCUCGGGUUGCAUCCCGAUAUCGCACGCCAUGGGCUCUGAUGUAUAAUACCGCCAGCGAACUACAUGCGACCAGAGACCCUUUUCUCCGUGUAACCAAGCCCCUCACACCAGAAGAUGACACCAGGUGCGCUUAUUCACGAGAACGAGCCGACAAAGGCGGACGCCGGUUUGAAAGGCUCGGUUCUGAAGACGGUUCUGCCUGGACUGGAACUCGAAGACCACCCCGUCGAUGAACACGCUCCCAUCCGCGUCGUAGUCGUCGGCGCAGGCAUAAGCGGCCUCAUUGCAGGCAUUCUAUUACCCGCCAAAGUCCCCGGCCUCGAUCUUGUCAUUUACGAGAGAAACGACGACAUCGGAGGCGUCUGGCAUUCGAACGUCUACCCCGGUGUUCGGUGCGACGUCCCAGCGCACGCGUACCAGGCCACCUUUGCGCCGUCAGACUCGUGGACAGAGGCAUAUGCCACGGGUCCUGAAAUCAACGCGUACUGGAAAAAGGUGGCUAGGGACUACGACGUGCGCAAGUACAUCCGGACUGGGUGUCGCAUAGUCUCUGCUGAGUGGUCUGAGGAGAAGGGCAAAUGGCGGAUUACGAUUCAGUCCACCGACGGCGAGUUUGUAGACGAGGCCAACUUCCUCGUGACGGCUACGGGUCACUUUAGCGAUCCAAGACUGCCGGAUUAUCCUGGACUCGGCGACUUCAAAGGCCAUCUCCGCCACACGUCCAACUGGGAUCCGAACUUUGAGCCCGCGGGCAAACGCAUCGCCGUCAUCGGCAACGGCGCAUCCGGAAUCCAAGUCCUCCCCCAACUGCAAAAGGUAGCCGCACACAUCGACCACUACGCCCGCAACAAGACCUGGGUCGCCGCGCCCAUUGGCGGCGAGGACCUCGCCCAGCUCGUCGCCGACAACAUCGACCGGGCGCGAACCAGCCCCGACGAAUACCUCGCGUUCCGCAAGACGCUGGAGGCGCGGCUGUUCAGCCGCUUCGGUGGCAUCUUUAAAGAAGGCGGCAAGAACAAAGCAGCCGAAGCGGCGAUUCGGAAGCUGAUGACUGCGCGGCUGGGCGGAGACGCAGCGCUUGCGAAAGAUAUUAUUCCUGAGUUUCCGCCGAAUUGUCGUCGGUUGACGCCGGGGCCGGGAUACUUGGAAGCGUUGACGGCGGAGAAUGUGACGUAUGUGACGGACCAUAUCGCCGAGUUCACAGAGACGGGGAUUCGGACUGUUGACGGCACGCACCGCGAAGUCGACGGCAUCAUCUGCAGCACCGGCCACGACAUCACCUUCAGCACGCAAUUCCCCGUAAUCCACAACGGCAUCAACCUCCAGACCGCCUGGCGCCCCGGCGGCAGCCCCGGCUUCCCCGACACAUACCUCGGCGUCGCCGCGCCCACCGUCCCCAACUUCCUGAUGCUCCUCGGGCCCAACUCCACCGGCCCAGCAGGCACGCUCUGCCACGCGGUCGAGAACCAGGUCACGUACGUGGCCAAGGUGCUGCGCAAGGCGGCCGGGCAGGGCAUCCGCAGCAUGGCGCCCUCGGCGGCGGCGACGCGCGACUUCCGCGCGUACUGCGAGGCCUUCUUCCCGCGGACCGUCAUGAGCCACCACUGCAGCUCGUGGUACAACGGGGGGAUCAAAGGCGGGCGGAUCCACGGGUUGUGGCCGGGCAGCGGUGCGCAUGUCGAUCUGGUGAGAAAGGAGCCGCGGUGGGAGGAUUUCGAGUAUACGUACUGGAAUGCGCAGGGGAAUAGGUUUGGGUGGUUGGGAAAUGGAUGGACGACGAAGGAUGUGCUUGUGACGAAUGGCACAGAGGGUGUCGAGGUCGAUUUGACGCCGUGGUUGAGAGUAGAGGCAUUUCACAACAAGGUGGAUCUGAAGGACUAUCACGAACGGUAGUAUCUGGCAAUUAAGUAGUGUCCGAAACACAGAGUAAGUCUAAGUUCAAAGUCAUGAUACUGUCUGAUUGGUUGGGCAUGUCCACCUCUCAUCUAUCUGUAGUUGCCCGGGGGUAUUCGUGUACCGUAUCAGGUCGUCAGCCUGCAUCAAGCAUGAAAAUCGGGUAUCAUAACACAUGGUCAAGAGACGCCAUGGUCAGCCAAAAGUCUAGUUUUCCGAAGCCGUUCAAGAGCAAAAAGACAACCGUUAAAAGCCACCGCGUCGACCGCGACCUCCUCCUCGGCCGCCACGUCCUCCACCACCUCCACCUCCGCCUCCGCCACCACCGCCCCGG